CCCACCCACCACCACCACCACCACCACCACCCCAGGGUGUUUGUCCUGAGUGCUGGGAGCAGACGGGGAUAGACGGUAGUGAAGCCAGGGCUGACGGACGGAGGAGGCGCCGGCUGGGACAAAAAGGAUAGCAGGGGAGGAACGGAGAACAAGGGCACGCCGAGCAGGAGGAGAAAACCACACAGCCAGCAGGAGUUGCUAGCAGGAGGAGUGUUGACGUUUAACCGAAGAUGAGUACGUACACAGUGACUCUGAAUGGCCCUGCUCCAUGGGGCUUCAGACUACAGGGAGGAAAGGACUUCAACAUGCCACUCACCAUCUCCAGGAUAACUCCGGGCAGCAAGGCGGCGGGCGGCAGCCUGACCCAGGGCGACAUCAUCUCAGCCAUUGACGGGGUUAGCACUGAUGGGAUGACGCACCUGGAGGCCCAGAACAAGAUCAAGUCUGCCACCACCAAACUGGUGCUCACCAUGCAGAAAUCAAGACGCCCUGCACCAGUUCCCACAGCAACUCCAAGAAUGGACUCACCCAUGCCAGUCAUCCCCCACCAGAAGGUUAUCGCAAACACAGCUGCAAAUGUGGAGUACACUCCCAGCUUCAACCCCAUUGCUCUGAAAGACUCAGCCCUGUCCACCCACAAGCCCAUUGAGGUGAGGGGUCCGGGUGGAAAGGCCACCAUCGUUCACGCCCAGUACAACACACCAAUCAGCAUGUACUCACAGGAUGCCAUCAUGGACGCCAUCGCAGGCCAGUCGCAGGCCAAGGGACACGACAGUGAGGAGGCGGGCUCCCCCCUGGCUGUUCUGCCUGUCAAGGACCCUGUGGUAGACUGUGCAUCUCCGGUGUACCAGGCAGUGAUCAGGCCAGGAGAGGUAAACCAGGACAUGUCUGAGUGGGCUCGUCGCGCUGCCAACCUGCAGUCCAAGAGCUUCAGAAUGCUGGCCCACAUCACUGGCACUGAAUACAUGCAAGACCCAGAUGAGGAAGCCCUGCAGAAGUCGAGGGAGAAGUUUGAGUCCGAGGUGAAAGGGCCUCGCUUUGCCAAGCUGAAGAACUGGCACCACGGACUGUCUGCACAGAUCCUCAACAUCCAGGAAUAAAGAGGAACAGGAGAGAAGAGAGAGAGAGGCAGAGAGGAGGACGACGACAUGUAUAGGAGGACAUGGACAAAAGCACAGGAGUUAACAGGAAGUGGGGAUAAAUUAUGGAGGAAAAAAAGGAGCAGCAGGAGGAGAAAACUCCUCAGCGAUGUGAGAUAGUGUCGUAGACUAGAUUAGUAGAAUGUGAGGUACUAACUGUUAGUGUGAGAAUGCUCUGUGUUCAUAAGCUCAAGGUUACCUGUCAAAUGUAUCUGUCCACUGCUAAGACCUGAUGUCGCAUUUGGGUUUUUCUUUCUUUCUUUGUUCCCUGUUUGUUUGGGUUCUGUCUCUCUUACAUGAAAGGGAAAUUGUACAAAAAAUAAUAAGUAUUCAAGUGAAAAUGCAGAACUGAUGUUUCUUUUAUGUAUCCAGUACAUAAACCGCAUACACAAACUUAGGAAUUCUAACACAAUCAGCAUGCUUGUGAGAAGGCACACAUGGACAAACACACACACACAUAGAGGUUUAUCUACAUGCACAUAUACAAUAUGUAAAAAAAAAUGCACUCAAAAAUGUACUGAUAUCAAUGUGAAUAAAUGUUUUCUUAAAACUAUA